AUGCCGGGAUCAAGCGAGUUCAAUGGUGACAUUGCCGGCCGCAACGUCAUUGCUGGCUCGCACUUCGAGACUGGCGCUACCAUGAACAAUUACUUCGGAGACAGAUUGAGCCGAAAACGCGAGCCCUUCUCCACCAUCCCAUUUGCCCCAGACCGUGACUUCGUCGAUCGCCGCGAGAUCCUAGAGUGGAUCGACGAUAAGUGCGCGGGACCAGGCGCUCGCGCAGCGCUGGUCGGUCUUGGCGGCGUAGGAAAGUCGCAGCUCGCUAUCCGAUAUGCCCAUAGUAUCCGCGAUGCGUCGGCGCAAACGUUUGUCUUGUGGGUGCACGCCAGCACCAAAGCCCGGUUCGAAGAAGCGUACAGAGGCAUUGCAGACGAGCUCGAGCUUCCCGAACGAAACGAUCCGAGAGUCGACGUUUUACGGCUGGUCAGCAACUGGCUGUGCAACGAGACAAAUGGAAAGUGGAUGAUGAUUGUUGAUAAUGCAGACGAUAUCGAGGUUUUCUAUCCGAAGCAAACGCGCACGGUGAACGAAUCCUCCCCACCGGCGCCUACACCGCUGGCGACCUAUCUCCCUCAGAGCCGUAACGGAUCGAUCCUAAUCACCUCCCGAAGCAAAGAUGCAGCAGCCAGGCUGGCAGGAGGUCGUACAUAUAUUAAAGAGGUUCCCAAAAUGGACGAAAGCCAAGCCCUCGGUCUGUUCCGGAAUAAGCUGGAGCACGCGUCAAACGAAGAAGGUGCCCCAGAUCUCUUACGUGCGCUCGACUAUAUACCUCUUGCUAUUACCCAGGCAGCAGCAUUCAUCAACCGGCGAGUUCAAAUGACUGCGUCCGGCUAUCUGGACGACUUUCGGGGGAAUGACAAGAAGAGAGAAAGCCUUCUUAACUGGGAUUCAGGAGAUCUUCGCCGAGAUAAGGGCGCAUCGAAUUCAGUAGUGUUGACGUGGCAGAUGUCGUUUGAGUGUAUUCGCGAGCAAAGGCGCUCGGCUACAGACCUGCUAUCGAUUAUGAGCUUCUUCAAUCCGCAAGGAAUUCCGAAGUGGAUCCUUCGAAGGCACAGCAGGAGCGUGGCGAAGACUGGCGAUGAAGGCGAGGCUGAUAGCGCGUUCGACGAGGACCUUGACACCUUGCAGGCGUACUCUCUUAUAACAGCGACGGCGGACAGUGGGCUGAUGGCAAGAGAAUUCCCUUCAGCAGACUUUAAGAACUGGGCAAAGUGCCAGCAGUUACUUCCACAUGUUGAAUCGUUGUAUAAAAGCGAGCUAUCCGACGACGAGUCAGUGAAUGAAUGGGCUCAGGUGCUUAACAGGGUUGCGACGUACAUGCAGCUAGCCCUAGGGAAGUACGACGAGGCGGAGAAGCUAUACCGGCGAGCGCUAGAAGGGAUAGAGAAGGAGCUGGGCGAACAGCACCCCGAUACGCUGAAGAGCGUGGGCAACCUAGCGUCGGUACUACGAGUCCAGGGGAAGUACAACGAGGCGGAGAAGCUGAGCUGGCGAGCGCUGAAAGGGAGGGAGAAGGAGCUAGGUGAACAGCACCCUUAUACGCUGACGAGCGGGAAGUACGACGAGGCAGAGAAGCUGAGCUGGCGAGCGCUGGAAGGGAAGGAGAAGGAGCUAGGUGAACAGCACCUUUAUACGCUGACGAGCGUAAGUAACCUAGCGUCGGUACUACGAGACCAGGGGAAGUACGACGAGGCGGAGAAGCUGAGCCGGCGAACGUUGAAAGGGAGGGAGAAAGAGCUAGGCGAACAGCACCCCGAUACGCUGACGAGCGUUUACAACCUUGCUUAUCUUUUACAUAGGCGUAAGCGGUAUAAAGAGGCUUUAGGACUUUACCAGAGAGCAUGCGACGGCUACAAGUACAAGCUCGGUACUCAGCACCCAACAGCUAUUGCUUGUCUCAAUCAUUUUUCAGCUAUGCAACAAGAGGUAAAACAGGAAGGGCUAGGACAAUUGCGGGACGUUAAUUAA